AUGGGUGGUGUUGUCGAACGGGAUGGCACUGAAUCCUUUGUUUGUACAAGUACAGAUGCAGGUGAGGGUUUUGAUGAAGAUGGUGAUGGCGAUGAGUUUGAUGAAGAUGUUGAUGAUGGCGAUGAGUUUGAUGAAGAUGUUGAUGGUGAUGAGUUUGAUGAAGAUGAUGAUUUAGUAGAAGAUGAUGAUGGCGAUGAUUUUUGUGCAGGUUCGGGUAACGGUAAUGGUUUAGAAGAAGAUGAUGGUGAUUUAGAAGACGGUGAUGAUGAUGAUUUAGAAGACGGUGAUGAUGAUGAUUUAGAAGACGAAGACGGUGAUGAUGAUGAUUUAGAAGACGGUGAUGAUGAUGAUUUAGAAGACGGUGAUGAUGAUGACAAUGAUUUUGGUGAGGAUCUAGGUAACGGUGAUGGUUUAGCAGAAGAUGAUGACGAUGAUUUAGAAGAAGAUGAUGAUGGCGUAACUCUGAUUAUUGGAGGUUGGUGA